UAGAACCAGAUAAAAACUUCAAUUAAGAAAAAGACCCAAAAUUCCCAAAAGCACAAAAACCUCAAGCUUCACUAUCUCGAAGGCAUAGCAAAUAGAAAUCAAAGAAGAAUCACCCCCUCUGUCUGUGCGGGUAAUUCAUGACUAUGGCAACUUCUCUGCUAUCUCCACUCGCAGCUCCAAACCCAGAACUGGUAUAUCCAGCUACCGGGUUGCAACAGAAGUCUUCCUUUCUCCCAAGCGCCAGCCUCUUUUUAUUAAGCAAUCCGAGAAAUCAAAGGGUGCUUCAACAGCAAAGAUGCUGCUAUUACAAGUCCCCUUCUGCAUCUGGGAACCCACUGAAUCAUAUUCCCACUCAGUUUAGAGAAGAAAAUCUCAAAGAUGGAUUGAUGGAAAAUUAUAAAAAUGUACCUCAAUCUCUUUAUGGUCUUACUCCUUCACAAAUGGACAUGUUCAUGACUGAAGAUAAUCCCAUUCGUCGUCAGUCAGGGAGUGUCACAGAGCAAAGCAUCUCAUCUAGAAAGAACUAUCUGGAUCACGGAGGGAUGUAUAGUGUAUCAGGCAUGAUGGAUCAAGGUCCUUCAAAAUAUAGUAUGAGCGUAAGCAUGUACCGUGGAGGGGGCAGAGGAUAUGGAAGACCUGAAUCUGCUCCUCCGGAUUUGCCUUCUUUGCUCUUAGAUGCUCGGAUAUGCUACCUUGGAAUGCCAAUUGUACCAGCUGUCACAGAGCUUCUUGUUGCUCAAUUCAUGUAUUUGGAUUAUGAAGACCCUUCAAAGCCUAUAUAUCUAUAUAUAAACUCAUCUGGGACACAGAAUGAGAAGAUGGAGACUGUUGGAUCUGAAACUGAAGCAUAUGCCAUUGCAGACAUCAUGUCUUACUGCAAAUCAACUAUCUAUACCGUGAAUUGUGGCAUGGCAUAUGGUCAAGCAGCAAUGCUUCUAUCUCUUGGAGCCAAGGGUUAUCGCGCUUUACAGCCAAACUCGUCCACAAAAUUAUACUUGCCUAAAGUCAACCGAUCAAGUGGAGCUGCAGUAGAUAUGUGGAUCAAGGCCAAGGAAUUGGAUGCGAAUACUGAGUAUUAUAUCGAGCUUUUAGCAAAAGGAACUGGGAAACCGAAGGAAGAACUUGUUAAAGACAUCCAGCGACCAAAAUAUCUCAAAGCUCAAGAAGCCAUAGAUUAUGGGAUUGCAGACAAGUUACUUAGCUCAAAUGAUGAUGCAUUUGAGAAACGGGAUUAUGAUGCGUUGCUUGCUCAAACAAAAGCCAUGAAGGCACAAGCUGCUGGUCCAAGAGCAGCUCCAUCAGGAUCUAGGUGAUGACAAAAUACAGUGUAGCCUAUCAUACAGAGGAAACUAUCAAGGUAGGACACUCUUUUGUUGAUGGCAGCGCUUGUCACUGUGGCCAGAUUGCUCUGGAUCCGUAUGCUUAUCUAAAAAAUGUUGUGUACAAAGCGUAUCUUGGCCAAGGGCUGUGUUAAAGUUACAUUUAACAAUAGGCCACUGGUUCAUAAUAGUAAUGUAACGCAAACAAAUCCGUAUUUGGGUUUUGAUCUUCUUUGAACAGUAGAUUUUCCCCCCUUUUUCGUCAA